AUGGCGAGUCGAAGCUGUGGGACAUGCAAGGAUCGGCGGAUUCUCUGCGAUCGGACUGUCCCAGCAUGCUCUCAGUGUUCCCAAUCGAACCGCACCUGCAAAGGCUACGGCCUCCGGCUGUCGUGGCCAAAGGCCAAUGAUAAGCGACGUGCUAUGGUGGCACGCUCAUCCCUACAGCAGAGGAGCACGCGGCCUCGUUUCUCUGAUGCGCACCUGGUUAAUAUAUCCACCUGGGACAUCCAGAUGCACCGCUAUCUCUUCGGUCUAGUAUCGAGCGAAUACCACCGACUGACACUACGAUCGCCGAUGCCAUUUAAUCCAUUCAAGUUAGAUGUUACAGAAAACUUCUUAUUUCAUUACUUUCAAUCCACCGCAUCCUGUUCUUUAACCACCUUUGGUCAUGACCCGGCCAAUGUGGGCAACAUGCUUGUCCGCAUGGCUCUCGUCAAUAAUGCCCCAUCCACCGCUGCAGUGCUGCGCUCUUUGCUCGCGUUGUCCUCUUUACACCGUUCUGGGCUGCACUCACAGGCCGCCGAGCUCAAGAUUGAUGCUUUAAAGGCCCUAAGCGCUGCAUCAAAUCGCGAAAUCAGCGCCAUGGAAACAGUCCAGCAUGUUGCUGCGGGGAUGCUCUUAUGCUCAUAUGAGAUCUACCAAGCGUCAUGUACCUCUGGUCAAUGGCGAUCGUACAUUAUCGGUGUAAAAAGUGUCAUCAAAGCCUCAUCUCUCAACCUAUUUAAAGGGGAUAGCGACUUCAAUACUUUGCUUGACUGGGUAUAUUACCAUGAUGUAUUAUCCCGCUUCAGUCUUACACACUGGCACCCGCCGACCAUCGACAGGCCUCUCGUAGAUUUAGACAACCCGGUAGACAUCAUGUCGUUACCGGUGAAUACUGAUCCCUGUAUGGAGAUCACACACUCAACCCAAUCCCCGUUUACCAAAAUCCUGAAGUCUUUGACUGAGGUCUGCAAUCUAGUGGCAAUAAACUUGACUCAUAUAUCUCCAUCCGAAGAAGCCGACAACUUUAAAAGCUACCUUAAAAUCCUCGCAUGGAGGGUCCGGUCCAUUCCGAUCUCGGACACGAGAAUCGACGAGAAUCCUAGCAUGGCGACUCUUGUGGAACUCUUCCAACUAGCCACUCUCGUCUACCUUAACCGAGCAUUUGGAAACACCCUAGAGCCGGCCGCUGAUACUCAACAACGGGUUGAACGAGCCUUCAGUAUUUUCUCUGAGCUCAGUUCAUGUGAACGUCAGUAUCCGCUGUUUAUCUUGGGUUGCGAAGCGCGAACCGAUGCAGAAAGGUGUAUAGUCCUGGAUUUAAUUUCCAGGACAGAGAAGCGGGAUUCAUCACGCUCCCUGUUUAUUACCAAGAAGCUGAUUCAGGCCAUCUGGGUUCAAGACGAUCUUUCCCACGACGAGAUUGGCUAUACUGAAAAGCUCAGUGCCAUUAUGAGCUGUUGCACUAUUCUGCCUACUUUUGUCUAA